ACCACCUCUGCCCGCAGCACGCCCGGCAGGCCGUCCCCUCCGCUGUGCCAAGCGCACCUCCUCGCACCAUCCAGCCUCGACUGCCCGCCAUGGCGCAGCUUCCCGCCCAGCCUGCCGCGCAGGCGGCGCAUGUUCAGGCGCCGGCCUCCACUUCCGCUGCUGCGCACGACGCUGCACCGCACGCCGCUGGCACCGCUGCGCUCGCGGGCGUCACUCGCAGCGACGACGAGGACAAUCACAUCGGGCACGCUCUCGAGUCAAAUCUGAUUCAGGAGGAGGAUGAUGAGAUGGAGGAGGAUGAGGAUAGUGAGGACGAGAGUAGUGAUGAUGAGGAGGAGGAGCGCGAGUUGGCGGCAGAGGCGCGCGCGGCGGCCAUGAAUGAGCUGGAUCUCCCGGCCCAGGACCAGUUCAUGCAGGACUGUGCCGAGGCGCGCGCCCAGGCCGAGAUGGACUUGAUCAUCUCGCAGAGCGCCCGGAUUGCCCUGAACACUGCCACCAACAACAUGGAUGCGGAGGUGCGCGCCUACCACGAGCACUACGCUGCGCUCCUUCUCGAGCGGUACGCUAGGGUCAGGAGCAUCGAGGAUGCGCUGGCAGCAGGCAGGCGCUGCGACUAGUUGCGCUCCACUCCGCCACGGACUAUCCUCCCGCGCUGUACACUUCCGUCCAUCAUCUUUCCCGUCCGUGACCUACUUCUCAUGACCCUCACCAUCAGCACGCGUCACCUUCGUCGUCCACGACCUUCGCCGUCCCUGUCCCUCGCCGUCCAUGACCUUCACCACGCGUCACCUCCAUCAUACGUUCCCUUCCGUCGUUCACGGGAAUCACCAGUCGCUCCGU